UCGGUGUUUGUUUUUAAACAAAAUGGCGCAGGCACGUAGCCUUCUGUCGCGGUACCGUGGUUGUCUUGCAGGUGCGGUGAUCGGAGACUGUGUCGGGGCUGUCUUUGAGGGGGCAUGGGCAGACUCCAUCGCGAUUGUUAAAAUUAUCAAAGAAGACGAAAAGAUCCGUGAAGCAGCAGAAAAAAGAAAAAGGGAAAAUGAGAAUCCUGAUGGGGAAGUUUCCAACGGAGAAAUAUGGACAUUUACAGAUGAUACAGCGAUGGCGCGAAGUGUUGCCAAGUCUCUGAUUAAACACAAUGGAUUCAAUGCCAGGGACAUGGCUCGCAGAUUUUCCGAGGAAUAUUUCAAUGAGCGCUUCCGUGGAUAUGGUGGGUCGGUGACAGUAGUUUUCCAGAAACUACAAGAAACUGAAUAUGAGAAUCCAUUUGAACCAGCUAAGAAACAAUUUGAGGGGCAAGGUUCCUAUGGUAACGGAGGAGCCAUGAGAAUAGCUCCUGCUGGUCUGUUCGGAUAUAAAGACAACGACUUUCAUAGACUACGGGACCUGGCAAAAGAUAUUACCAACAUCACCCAUUCCCACUACCAGGCCAUACAGGGUGCUGUUCUUCAAGCGUACGCUGUUGACCUUGCGUUGCGAGUUGAAGGUCACCUGGAUGCUGAUGAAUUCCUGAAUGAUCUCAUAAAACAAAUGAAACUCAUGGAGAAAGAAACAGAGAGAUUUACUAAGAUGACAAAUGAAAAAGUUGCUCGGGACAGAGGCGAAGAAAGGAGUUCUGCCUCUGAACAUCCAUACUGUGAUAAAUUAGAAAAGAUCAAAACGUUUUUAAAACAGGAGGCCCCACCAUCACCAGAGGAAAUUGAUGAAGAAUUGGGAACUGAUGUAUCGGCUUUAGAAUCUGUUCCUGCGGCCAUCUUUGCAUUCCUAUAUGCGACAAAAGACAUUCCAUAUUUAGAGAACAGAAACCUAUUUGAGAAGACAGUAAUGUAUGCAAUAUCUCUGGGUGGAGAUACUGAUACAAUCGCAACAAUGGCAGCUGCCAUCGCCGGGGCAUGUUACGGUGAGGAACAAUUACCAGAACACUGGAAGUUAUGUUGUGAAGGGGUCGACGAUGCCCUGGAGGACGCAGAGCAGCUCUACAACCUGUCACAGUCCAGUAACACACAGCCACCCGGCAGUGACACAAAGUCUCCAGAACAAGAUUCAAGGUCACUACAAUGAGAUUCAAGGUCACUACAACGAGAUUCAAGGUCACUAGAACGAGAUUCAAGGUCACCUGAACAAGAUUAAGGACGCAAGUACAGGAUAAUGACUCUGGGUAAUAUGAAAAGAAUCAACUGAUAAUGAUCAAGGUCAGCUGGUCUGACAACAAGACAGUGACUCAUGUCUUAAGGAAAAGAUUUGUGUCAGCCUUAAAAGGUUGUGAACUUGACUUUUAAGAGAAAUGGCCUUGAGCCUUUGGAUACUGAUUUAGCAGGUUUUGGCUGCUGAAAAUCUCUCAUAAUAAAAAGCUUUAUUUAUUAAUCA